GGCAAUCACACAAGAGAAACGAAAAUAAGCCAUGAAUCACCCAAACAACUUCAAGAACAACAACAUCACCAGCCAAGACGAUAGAGGUGACAAGCUGGGAAAAAGAUCAGUUCUUGCUGAUUGGGAUUGGAAUGGACCCUCACAACCACACAAGCCAUUUCAAUUUCUACCUACUCAACUUGGUUAUGGUGUUGAUGUCAAUCAAGAGAUAUCCUCAUGCAAUCAGCUUGGAUCAAAUUUCACACAAGACAUGCAAAUGGCGUCAAGCUUUAGACAAAUCAAUCCCACAGACAAUAGUAAUUUGAUUCAUGCUUGGGGUUCUCCAUUAGACGUGUCACAAGGUGUGUUUGGAUCAUCUCAAAUUCCAAUAUCAGAGCCUAACGCAGAAAGUUCAACAAAUAAUGGUCUUGUUGAAUUUGGUUAUGGUGUUGAUGUCAAUCAAGAGAGAUCCUCAUGCAAUCAUCUUGGAUCAAAUUUCUCACAAGACAUGCUAAUGACGUCAAGCUUUGGAAAAAUCAAUCUCACAGACAAUAGUAAUUUGAUUCAUGCUUGGGGUUCUCCAUUAGACUUGUCACAAGGUGUGUUUGGAUCAUCUGAAAUUCCAAGAUCAGAGCCUACUGCAGAAAAUUCAAGAAAUAAUGGUCUUGUUGAAUUUGGUUAUGGUGUUGAUGUCAAUCAAGAGAGAUCCUCAUGCAAUCAGCUUGGAUCAAAUUUCACACAAGACAUGCAAAUGGCGUCAAGCUUUAGACAAAUCAAUCCCACAGACAAUAGUAAUUUGAUUCAUGCUUGGGGUUCUCCAUUAGACUUAACACAACAUGCGUUUGGAUCAUCUCAAAUUCCAAGAUCAGAGCCUAAAGGAGAAAAUUCAAGAAAUAAUGGUGUUGUUGAAUCAAGAAAACAAGGGCAAAUGCCUGAAGGUUUCAAGCGUUGCACUUGCCAAAAAUCAAGAUGCUUGAAUCUACGCUGUGAAUGCUUUGCAAAGAAAGAAUUUUGUGUAAAUUGUCAAUGCAAAAACUGUGAAAAUACCAUUGCAAAUGCACAAAGUGUAGCUGCUGCCCAAAAGCAUUUGUUGCAUCUCAAUCCAACUGCAUUUCAUCCUAAGAUUAUUGGAGAUGUACAUACGCAAGGAUGCGCUUGCAAGAGCACCUCUUGCUCCAAAAAAUAUUGUCGAUGCAAGGCGCACAAUGUUAAAUGUACCAAUAAGUGUAGGUGUAUAAACUGCAAAAAUACUUUGGGUGCCAAAGUACCUGGAGAAAUGAGCACUCAAUCAGAACAGGAUAAUACGGCAGCAAAUGUACCGGUGGGACAACAGCCGCUGUCUCAACAACAGCCGGUACAGGGGCCAACACAAAGUCCAAACUACAGCUACGGAAGUAUGGGAAAUACUGAGAAUCAACUAAAGUGUCAUGCUACUCUGCCAGCAUAUUUGGGAAAAUUUCAAGCAUCUCAGCCUCAGCACUUUCCCUCAAAUUCAUAUCAUCCUUCUAUCAACGAUAGAGUAGAUUCUGAUAGAGUGAUGCAAGGUUCACAGGAAUUUCCCAAUUUACAUUAUUCCAUGUUCAACAACAACAGCAUCAGAAGUAGUCCAUUGACCAGUUUACAUUAUUCCAUGUUCAACAACAACAGCAUCAGAAGUAGUCCAUUGACCAAUGAGAGCAGCGAAACAAACCAUGGUACACUGCCAGUGGAUGUGCAUGCUAAUGAAACUCUGGGCACUCAGCAACUCGCUGCAUCUGCAGAAAAUUUAUCCUAUGAGUGA